CAACCGGGACAAAUGAAAGUUUGAAGUCCAAAUAUGCACCAAAUAUGUCUGGAAACGUAAAUAUUGAGUGCUUUCUAUUUGAUUAUUAAGUAAUUUAUGGAAGCAAAUUGUUUUUAAUGGAUAUUUUAUUUGUCGACAACGGUAGGCAAGAUGAAAUUGAAACUUUUUAUGAAGCGAGCCAGCGCCAAAGAGACUUCUACAGGGGCUAUCCCAAGGCCUACCAUCCUUUGAUUUAUUUCAAAGAUCCAGAGUACAUGUGGCAAUGUCCACCGGACAUGACACCGACCUAUCUCUCCUUCCCCAUGUACCACGUGAAAUAUAAGCAGCCGGCAGUAUUGCCGACUACCUUAGGUCGUACUACGGGCAUACCGGCACUACCAGAUAGAACUCUAGCUGGGCGUUUCAACAAGGCCGCGUGCAAGCUUUUCGUUAGAUAAAAAACAAGUACCUUAAAAUAAACACGAUAAUAAAAACUUAUUUUAAUAGCAAUAUUUCAUAAUAUAUGUGAUAAUAAACUGUACAAUGUCUUAAACAAUAAACAGCUUAAAAAU